ACUACGUGGCCAAGCGCAGCCCUAGCUUGCACCUUAUCUUUAAAACUACAUCACAGAUCAGUCUACGGCCAGCCACGAUGGUCAAAGCACGCAAGUACGUAGUAAAGAAGACCUUCGUGGGCGUUCCCAAGCGUGACGACUUCGAAAUAGUCGACUACGAAAUACCACCAAUAAGGAACGGAGAGAUCCUUACUAAAACCGAAUGGGUGAGCGUGGACCCCUACUUGAGAGCUUACAAUAGCCGUUACCCAGUUCCUUACGACCAGUUUGGGUUCAACGUAGCUACGGUUUUGGACUCGAAGAACCCACGGUUCCCUAUUGGCUCUAAAGUUGUUACACAUAAAGGAUGGUGCGACUACAGUCUCGUGAACGCAUCAAAUGAGUCGUUGACUGAAAGAGUUUACAAACUGCCGGAUUUGAAAGGGUUGAGUGAUUCUUUGGGACUGGGAGCUGUUGGGAUGCCUGGUGCUACGGCUUAUUUUGGUCUGCUGGAUUUGUGCAAGCCGAAGGAAGGGGAAACGGUUGUGGUGACUGGGGCGGCUGGGGCAGUUGGCUCUAUCGUUGGACAAAUCGCGAAGAUCAAAGGUUGCAGAGUAAUCGGCUUCGCGGGCUCCGACGACAAAUGCAAGUGGCUAGAGAGCCUCGGCUUCGACAAAGCUCUGAACUACAAGACCGUGGACCCCAUAAAGGCUUUGAAGGAAGCUGCACCCAAAGGCAUGGACUGCUACUUCGACAACGUGGGCGGGGAGCUCAGCAGUGCUAUCAUAAGUCAAAUGAACCUUUAUGGUAGGGUAGCUGUGUGUGGCGCCAUUAGUUCGUACAACGAAACGAGCAUGCCGAAAGCGACUUUACUGCAGUCAUACAUCGUGUCCAAACAACUCAAGAUCGAAGGUUUCCUAGUGGACAGAUGGCUGGGCCAAUGGAACGUGGCCUUUGCCGACAUAGUGGGUUGGAUAAGGGCCGGCCAGAUCAACACUCAGGAGCACGUCAGCGAGGGAUUCGAUAAUAUAUACGACGCGUUUGUGGGCAUGCUUGCGGGCGACAACUGUGGCAAGGCCGUUGUUAAACUAUAAAGGACAUUGGGCAAAAAUGUAUGGACGCUGCACCCACGUCCGCCACGACUUAAACUACAUUUUUUUGAAAGGUAUUAUAGUCAUGAUUAUCUGUGCCAAAGCGCAUCAAAUUCUAUCCCGGGGAUCUUUAGUUAUUUUAAGUUAAAUAGGUAGUAUCUGGUUGUACAGUACGAUAUGGCACAUUAUUAUGGUUACUAAUAAUAUAAAAAGAAGGUACUAUAAAAUGAAUUUAUUUAGCUACUUAAAUAUGCCCAUGUGUCAUAUCUUUUAACUACCAAGAUAUUUUUUAAAGGUGUCAUAUCUUUUGACUACCAGGAUAUUUUUUUAUGGUGUCAUAAUAAAAAAAUGGCUAGUUUUUUCGUAGAUCUAUCGAAUCAUACUAAUUACAUUGCUGGCGGAGCUGGGUGUGUUUUGCCCAUUGUCCUUUAUAAUAUAUAAACCCAAUAUUAUCUUAGCUUUUAUUUAUAUCAUCAAAUUUUUACCAAUGACAAUGACUCAUACACAUGUACUGUGAAAAUAAUCUUUGAUUGAUAAUAAUGCGGAUAAAUUGUUUUUCUGCCGCCGGAUACUGUAUCCAAGUAAGAUAUGUUAUCUACCAAUCAUCGUAGUAUUAUUU